AUGUCAAAUGGAAAGUUCUCCAUCGAUUUCCUGCUCAAGAAGAGCCCCUCGCCCGUCUCAUCCCCAGAACGAAUCGUUCAAGAUAAAAGCUCAUCAGAAGACGAAUCCACUUCAAAGAAAAGUUCAGGUAGAGGAGCGAUAGAUCCAAAAAAGCGACCCCGAACAGCAUUCACGCCUCAUCAAAUAAAAACCCUGGAAUCAGAAUUUCAGAAGAACCGAUAUUUAUCUGUUGGUAAACGAGUCGAGCUAGCCGACAGUCUUGGCCUCAGUGAAACUCAGAUCAAAAUCUGGUUCCAAAACCGCCGCACAAAGUGGAAACGCGAAUAUCUCUCUGACUGGGAGCUUUGGUCACAUCAGAGUUAUUACGCUAUGCAUGGCGUUCUAGCGGGGCAAGCAGCUGCUACUGGAACUCAUUCACGAUCAAUUCCCGCUUCCAUUUCCGCCCAGCCACACCCUCACUCGCUGCCUCAUCACCACCACCAGCCGCAUCAUCCUCAAUUGAGCUUGUUAUCCCAUCAUUUAGCCGCUCCUGCUCUCACUGUGCCAACGAAUCUGCAGCUGAUAUGCGCCGCGGCUAAUCUCCAAAGCCGCCAAUUAGCCGCCACUGCUCCCGAGUCAGAAUGA